AUGUAUUUUUUUCUUUUGAUAGCUGGCAUAAAUAGCGGUAUCACCUAUAUUUAAGUUUUAUAAAUAAAGAUGACAUGCUCAAUGCUGGUUCCAUUGAUGGAAAAAAACAUGGAUAACCUUAUUACUUUACAAAGUUCAUUUGCAACUCAUACUUUUAGGUAUCUUGCUACUGGAGACAGUAUGACAUCAAUUUCAUUUUCCUUUCGGAUUGCUCAUUCUACUAUUUCACAAAUUAUAAGGGAAACAUGUGAUGCUAUUUGGGAAUGUUUGCACGAAAAAGUGUUACCAAAACCAGAUGAAGAUACUUGGAGAAAUAUUGCAGAAGGCUUUAGCGAAAAAUGGCAAUUACCACAUUGUGUGGGCGCCAUAGACGGGAAACAUGUUAUAAUUCAAGCACCUCCAAAAUCAGGCUCAACAUACUACAAUUAUAAAGGUUCACACAGUAUUGUACUAAUGGCUUUGUGUGAUGCAAAUUAUAAAUUUAUAAUGGUUGACAUAGGAGCAGAGGGUCGCCAUAGUGAUGGAGGAAUAUUCAAAAAUAGUAAUAUGGGCAGAUUAAUUGCAACAAACAAUCUAAAUUUUCCUCCACCAUGUGCAUUAAUUGACAAUGGUGAUGAAGUUAAUUUUUACAUUUGUGGGGAUGAAGCUUUUCCUUUAUCCACAUGUCUAAUGCGUCCAUAUCCAGGCCGAUUUUUACCUCAGAUUAAAAGGAUUUUUAAUUAUAGGUUGUCUAGAGGAAGAAGGGUUGUAGAAAAUGCUUUCGGUAUAUUGUCAGCAAAAUGGAGAGUUUAUCGAAAACCAAUCAUUGCACAAGAAGAAACUGUUCGUAGCAUUGUUAAGGCCACUGUUUGUCUUCAUAACUUUUUAAUUGGUGUAGAGAAAAAAUAUGUGUCCGACUCUUGUGGAUAG